UCGCCUGCCUGGGCGCAGAUCUCCGCCGUCCAAACCCAGCUCCUUCCUUUCUGCAGUGGGAAGGAAAAGAAGACCCAAGUCCCACCCAGGCCGUGACCAUGCAAGGCCAGGACGCCCAAUGAGAAGGAGAAACCCGCGCUUCGCCUCUCUGCUCCCUCCCAGGGCGUUGGCUCUUGCGUGCCAUCUCUUAACGUUUUUUUCGCUCCUCCCCAAAGUGGGAAGGUUGCAGCUGUGUUUUUUCCUCCUCCUCCUCCGUUUUCUUCUAGUAACGCUCACCAAAUUGCGGGGGCCUCUACUUCUUUCAUCUGCCCCACUUUCCUUCGUUUCUUCUGCCCCCUGCCUCCCCCCAUUUCCUCUCUCCUGCAUCAUGUUUCGCUUCUGGAGAAGCUCCUUUGCGCUCCCGGAGGCUGCCUGCGAAGCGCCCGACAGGAACCCGCGGUACGAAAACCUCUUCCAGAAGCUGGACCGCGAUGGGGACGGCCGCGUGGACAUCGCCGAGCUGCAAUCCGGACUCAAGGCUCUGGGCAUCCCCCUGGGAGAUGACGCGGAGAAGAAAAUUUUCAGAGCUGGAGAUACUAACCAAGAUGGCCGGCUGGACUUUGAAGAAUUUACAUGCUAUCUUAAAGACCAUGAGAAGAAAAUGAAAUUAGCCUUUAAAAGUCUGGACAAAAACAACGAUGGAGUAAUUGAUGCCUCAGAAAUUGUUCAGUCCCUCAAGAUCUUGGGUAUAGAUAUUUCAGAAAAACAAGCAACGAAGAUUCUACAAAGCAUAGAUGCUGACGGGACAAUGUCAGUGGACUGGAAUGAAUGGCGGGACCAUUUCCUAUUUAAUCCUGCUACAGACAUUCAAGGAAUCAUUCGAUACUGGAAACAUUCUACAGUAUUGGACAUUGGAGACAGCUUGACUAUCCCAGACGAAUUCACAGAAGAGGAGAAAAAGACUGGGCAGUGGUGGAGACAGCUUUUGUCAGGAGGGGUUGCUGGUGCAGUAUCUCGAACGGGAACAGCGCCACUGGACCGCCUUAAAGUCAUGAUGCAGGUCCACGGCUCCAAGGGGAAAAUGAACAUAAAAGGUGGCUUGCAGCAGAUGGUUAAAGAAGGAGGCGUCCGUUCACUUUGGAGAGGAAAUGGUGUCAAUGUUGUUAAAAUUGCACCUGAAACAGCUAUUAAGUUCUGGGCGUAUGAACGGUAUAAGAAGAUGUUCGUUGAUGAAGGGGGAAAGAUCGGCACUGCAGAAAGGUUUCUAUCUGGUUCCCUGGCUGGAGCGACUGCACAGACUUCUAUUUAUCCCAUGGAGGUAUUAAAGACUAGACUGGCUGUGGGUAAAACAGGGCAAUACUCUGGAAUGUUUGACUGUGCUAAGAAGAUCUUAAAAGGAGAAGGCGUGAAGGCUUUUUACAAAGGUUAUAUUCCCAAUAUUUUGGGCAUCAUUCCUUAUGCUGGCAUAGAUCUGGCUGUUUAUGAGGCUUUGAAGAAGAACUGGCUAGAAAAAUAUGCAACAGACUCUGCCAACCCUGGGGUACUUGUAUUGCUGGCAUGUGGUACCGCGUCCAGUACAUGUGGCCAGUUAGCCAGUUAUCCUCUUGCCCUCAUCCGCACUCGAAUGCAGGCUCAAGCCAUGGUAGAAAGUGGCCCUCAAUUAUCCAUGGUCGGUCUCUUCCAAAGGAUUAUUGCUAAGGAGGGAUUCCUGGGACUGUACAGGGGCAUAGCCCCUAACUUCAUGAAGGUGCUCCCUGCUGUCAGCAUCAGUUACGUGGUGUAUGAAAAGAUGAAGGAGAACUUGGGAAUAGCAUGAGAGGAAAGGAGGGGAGAAAAAUAGAGGUUUAUUACAGAAUAUGCACACCUGAUGAAACCACAUUGGAUGCUAAAUUUAUUCAUGUUUACCAUUGGAUUCAAGUCUUCACUGCACCGUUCUUGUGGGGAUCCCUUCAAGGAAGCAGAAGAAGACCCACUUUCCUGAAACAGCUGUAAGCCAGGUAUCUUUUUUUUAAAAAGCCAAAUCCGACAACCUCAGGUUCCCAAAUCUUAACAAUCAAGAAAUAUUUGAUUGCUAGCCGAGCUGAGUGAUGGAAGAUCUUAAAGAAUGAAUCUCUAGUCAAUGUAAUUUUCUGAUUUUUCUAAAAUAUAUUUUACUGAGCUAAAUAUGUAUUUUUAUGCAGCUGAUCCUGCAUUAUUAGGAUUUGUAUUUAGUUGGUCAGUGGAUUGUCCCAUCUUGCACGUACCAAAAAUUUAACUCUCCUUUGUGUUUAUAUUCUGCAAUAGGAAAAUUGGGUUAUUAAAAUAUAGUUAAUUUUUUUUUGGUAAACUUUAGAAAGGCAUAGGCAGAAAUGCAGAGACAAACAGAAUGCCACGGUGCUGUUCCUGAAUACAUUAGAUUCUCUUGUUAACUUAAAAUAUUAAGGAACAAUCUUGACUAAGUCCCAUUUUAAAAACAUUGGGAGCUAUUAGUCAUGGCUAGGAAAAGUCUAAUUUUUCUUUCAGUGGGAACUUAGUCGUGACUGACUUUGGCAGGAGAAGUUCUCAGCAGAUCAUAUGCAUUGGUCAAAUACUUCAAUUAGAAAUGAAUGCAAAUUUUAAGUGUCUCGUGGCAUUUUGAGUGCUCUGGGCUACUGUCCAUGUAACUUGUAAAUGUUUGUACCAAAAGCCCAGAGCAUUGUUUGAUGCCCUUGUUUGAUUGCCGCAGAAAACUUGCCUUUAGGGAAAGCCGUAUCACCUUUUAAGAAUAGUGUGCAGUUUCAGAAUUAUUAUUUUUUAAAUGUUUUAAACUGAUUCUUCAUUAUCUCUUCCUUGUCUUGGAAUAUUUCAACCAUUAAGUCUUUGGACCUAUGCAGGUAUUACUAGUAAGAAAGUGUUUUCCUGCUGGUAACACUGGCUGAUUAUGUGAAGGUUGAAAAACGCAAUUCAAAAGAAGAGCAGGAGUGGGAUUACUUGUGCAGUCUUACAGCAACCACAAAUUUUCCAUUAGUAUUUCUGGAAGUCAGACCUGGCCUCCCUGAUGGAACACUGCUCCUUUUUUUAAUAGUGGAGACAAUUGAUAAGGGAAAACUCCCUGUCUUUUCUCAGCACCCAAAUCAAAUAACUGAGUAGACUGGCUGAGAAAAACCAGUUCACCAUGGCAAUAAAGGACUUUGCCAUCCAGUUGCAAACUUUGCAAUCCUAAGUCUGUUUACUUAGAAAUAAGUCAUUCUUAAGUUCAGUAGGACUUGCUAUCAAGCAACGGUAUUUAGGAUCGCAGCUUAAAUCAGUAGAACAACCGUAAGGAAAUGCAUGGCAAGCACUGAUCUUAUCAGUCAGGCUGGGCCUGCAAGAACAGAUUGCUGAGAAGACUCUUCCUGCAUGCCUUCCUUGCAAGAUCUUUUAAAGCACAAACAUCUUAUUGAAUGGAUCCUCAGUUUCAGAGUAUAUUUCAGUUAUCCAUGAAAUUAAUGGUUGCUGCUUCUGCAUGUCGAACACGUCAUUAAAAUCACAUCAAUUGCAGACGCUCCCCACCAUCAUAGAAGCAUAUCUGCUUCUUCAAGGUCUAUUUAUUCUCUUUCUCUUUUAUAAAGCUUGAGCAUGGAAAAUUGCACUAAAGUGAAUAAUCUGUUUUUUUGGGUCUUUGAAGCUUCCAACACCAGUUCUAAGAGGUAGAUGUGGUGUGGGAAGCAAUGCUUCUCUUGAACAACCCAUCCUCUGUGCAUAUACCAAGGACCUAAUCCAAGGUCAAUUGGAGGAGUCAGUAGGGGCCAAUUCCUUUACAACUUUGCAUGACUAGAGAGGUCAGAUGGAUUACUGCCAUCCAGGAAGGUGGCAACUAUUUCCAUGAUCAUUCAUCGCUGUACUUCUUCUCUGCAAUCAUUAUCGCAGAGAUGGUUGCAGUUCCCCACUAUAUAACCCAGUUCAUGCUAGCUUUUCUUGAUUGUGUUCAAUUGGAGCAAUUUGGUAGUGUCCCUAGAAAUAGCCUAAAUCACAUCACUACCAUUGUCCUCCCUCCCUUGAUUUGUAUUUCUUUUACCAACUUCUCAAUGUUUGUAGGAUGGCUUUGUAAGCUUGUACUAGGCACACUUUCUUUUGCAUUGGCAUUAUGUUGAUUUAUGGAACCAUAAAGAUAGAGGAAGUGGUUUUCUUUUCCUUCAUAAUGCUAUCUUUUCUCUGUUUUAGUCAGAUAAUCCCAGCCUCUAGCCCCUCAAAGAUUUCACAAAUGGGCUGGGGGAUCCAACCUUAUUUUUUGACUGGUUUGAGAAGCUGAUGUGAACUCCAAAUAAUAUAGCUCACCAUGGAGAACCCAUAUUUGCACUUUUUGAGUAGCAAUCCCUUUUUUAAUUGUUUGCUAUGCAGAAUGCCGUCUUUAAUGAACUUUUGGAUGUAACUAUGGGCACAAUCUAAAAAUCAUGUUGUUGUAGUAGAGCUUUGGUAGGUGGUUUCCAGCAGAUUGUGCCCAUCCUUUAUGAAUGGCAGGGUGGUGUUUUUAGGUUGCAAAUCUGUCCCAUGAUAGAAACCUUCACUCUUUUUGCACUUGAUCAAAACCAAAGAAUUAAUUCAGCACUCUGUAAUCUUGUAUUGCACGCUAUUACGCAUUUGCCUGUUGUAAAUGUGAUUUUCUAAAUCACCUGGUUGUUUUUUUAAACCCAACUGUAAGCUAUACUAUGUAUGCCUAUCUUGUAUGUAAUUUUAAGGUGACAUGACCAGUAUAUGAACCAAUCUCAGUCAUUUUUUUCAUAUAAGUGCACUUACGAGAAUGUUGGUGAUGGUGUUUUAUUUUGUUGGAAGAAUGCAUGAUAUGGUGUAGAUCUGAUUCCUUUACUUUGUGCCUAAAAAGAACAAGGUUCUAAUUGUGAUUAUUUGGGUGACUUACUUGGUGAAUGCUUUUUAUAACCUUUAAAUUGAUCUGUUUAUAAUAAACAAUGUUUUGUAAUGCA